AUCAUCUUCAGCUAGAACCUAACAGAAGCCUGAUCAUUCUAUUCUGAGAAAUGGCACAGACUCAACCUAUUCCAGCUGAAAAGAUCCCUCGUCUGCCCACAGCCGGAUCUACCUCGUCGUCAGGCGCACGCUGGCGCGCGGUUGCCAGUCGAGAUCCCACAGCCACCGACUUCGUCUACGCCGUCAUCACGACGAGGAUAUACUGUCGCUCAUCGUGUCCUGCGCGACUUGCCCGACGAGCAAACAUUGUGUUCUUCGACACUCCUGGGCAGGCAGAGGCGGCGGGCUUCCGGGCGUGCAAGCGCUGCAAACCGCAGCUGGGCUCGGCGGUUAGCAACCCCCAGGCAGAGUUAGUACGUGCAGCCUGCGAGAGGAUCAGAUUAGCGCCCGCGCACGAUUUGAAGGCACCAACCCUCCAGGAACUGGCAAGGGGGGCAGGUUUGACGCCCAGUCAUUUCCAUCGGGUGUUUAAGAAAAUCACGGGCUUGACGCCUGGUCAAUACGCUGCAGGCAGCGCAGGAAAGGAGCAAUGGCCUUCUUUGACUGGCGGUGGCAGCAGUGGUUCUUUGAAUGCAGCUGGCGGCCCUUUGAGUGGGAUAUCGGGAUCAGUAGUUGGGCUGCUGGAUGGUGUGUCCAGUCCCAUAAUCGACCUAGACGGCCCCGACGCCAUCUUAUUAAACGAAUUUGAUAUAUUAUUGGCUGCUGAGCGCGAGUUCAUCUCAACACAGGACAUGCAUUCGUUGAAUGGUGGGUUGGAAUUCAUAGAGAUAUAGCCCUUGCAUACGAGCAGUGUGGUAUCUGUCUUCGUAUCUAUUUUCGCUACACCUCGACUAGCGAGCACUGGUUUCUCGGUUUUGUCGGUCGAGUGACAUGGUCUGAUAUUUAAUAAAUCUAGUUCCUUUGCACAAUAUGUCCGUAAGGAACCCAGGGGGGUUCUCCUUGGGUG